AGAGCCCCCCCCAUUUGAUGGAGCCUUACAAGGUGGGUGCGCGCGCACUCAUGACCCCAUGUCAGCUCUAGCCGUCGCAUGGGUACCUCGCUGGCCUGGUAAGGCAAUCGACAUGGGUGCUAAACACGCUGCCGGUCAACUUCAAAUCGAUGGGUGCUUGUCCUUUCCCCGCUACGCCACAUACCAACACCAUGACUUCUGGUCCCUUGGGCCAUAGCUACUGGAUCUCUUUCUCUGAACACGCCCCCCAGCCCUUCAUUACCCAAGCUCUUUUCCCCGUUUCCCUUCCAAUGGUGCCACUCCCGCAAUCAUUACUCACCCUUGUUACCGGCAUGUUUUCUCAUUGCUCAGCGUACGCUAUAUGGGGCAUUCUACACAGCAUUGCAAUUCAGACCCUUGUCGGGUACUGCCCUGUACUCAUGGUUCCAUGUCACUCAAGCCUUCUUCGAGGAAGGUUUCCUGUCAGUGUUCCUUUACUUCGUCAUGCAUGUCCAACGGGAUUGUGUACUGCCCUCUUCAUAUAAGUCGGCAUCCUGUCCCUGGCCGUGUUUGGGGCUCAGAUGGUCCAUAGAUAGAUCACCGCUUUAAAACCAAGCUUUUCGAGUCUUCAUCUCUAACCAGCUUCAUAAGGCAUUAUUAUAAGCCUCAUCCCCUUACUUAUUAAUCGCACCUCGCAACAACAAGACCACUCUAUCAUCGGCUUCAUAGCUCUUUGACUUUCCGUAUGUCUCAAUCCGAGUCUCUAUACCUUCCCUUGUCCCCUCCAUCCUCAGUCAAGAUGGACUCGAACACAACAGAUGGAACCUGUGACAACCCGAGCUCACCUCCCACCAGAUCAACUGUUGGUAGUCAAGUCUCUGUUAGUGGGGAGUUCGUACUUGGCUCAAACAUAAGUGUCUCGCCGCAAACUCAUACGCUCGAAAUAUCCCCUCAGCCUCCAGUUCCCUCGCCAAACCAUUACUCAUCCACACCCUACUUGAACACGCCAACCCCCGAGUCUACUUACCUCUCCACGCCUGCCUCUCAAUCAUAUUCUCAGUUUCCAACUUUGGCUUCAGUAGGCAUUGAUUCAACCUGGAGUCAACCAGAUCAAGCUCAGGAAGGAACAAGAUCAUUGAUUUCCUUUCCACAAGAGGACAGGCAUCAAUUGGCACCAAACUCUCGUCAGGCGGGACGAUCGACCAGCAUGAGCACUGUUGCUAUUCAAUUUGAUCCAGCCUUUACUAUGGGACCUCGAUCAGCCUUCACAUGGCCAGGCCCCCUUGAGUCAAGUAACUCUGGAAGCAGCUUGCUAAGUCCUGGACUGCCUUCAAUGGGACAUGUUUCUGGAAGUAGCCUCACACCCCCACCACAGUCGAGAUCCGUGACAUCGAGCCCCCCACGACUGUCUCUUUCGGCAGACCAGCGAGAAGUCAAACGACAGUCAGAUAGGGCACGUCGAGACUCGAGGCUGGUGAACAGAAUGCGCCGCGCCAACAGUAACUCUUACGUCGAUUCUUCGCCUUCGGCUUUGGGGCUUGCCGCUACCACAACUGCUAUGAACAUCUCAGCUUAUACAGCUGCGCCUGCUCCCGUGACUCUCAUGAGCGAUACUCCGACUACAAUGAGCAGUUCGACGUAUCUUCAAUCUUACAGCCCGUCCCUCGAAGACCACCAACCGCAAUCCGCACCCGUUUAUCCUACCUCAUACCCACAAAGCUUGUAAGACCCCUGCAUAUAUAGGGUGGCGCCCGGACCAUGCUAAUCUCUAACCAUCAGACAAGCAAACUAUAAUAUGCCCGUGGAUUAUGCAGCAGUUUAUGCAGGAUCCAGUCAGUAUAGUACUCGAUCACCACCUGUACCUGUUGGCCAGGACGCUGGUUUUAUGUAUCAGGUACCUACUGUCCUAGGCCCUGGAAGCGCAAACACACAAGAAGCGGGACAUGUCAGAGUCGUGCAAAGUCGGCCAAAGCCGCGAUGCUGGGAACACGGGUGCAACGGGCGACAAUUCUCAACUUUCAGUAAUUUGUUGCGACAUCAGCGCGAAAAAUCUGGCCAAGCCGCAAAGGCUUCCUGCCCUAACUGCGGAGCCGAGUUUACGAGAACUACUGCACGAAACGGACACCUACUUCACGACAAGUGUAAGGGUCGACGAAACUCAUGAGACGAAUACGUUUAGAUGAACGAAUUGUAUAAAAUCAGCAACACGAGUAUGCAGGUCGGAUACGAUUCUUGCUGCAACGUUCGUGGCUCAGCCUCGAACUGAAACGGAUCUGGCGUUAGUGGCUUACGGUCUACCAACAUCACAAUUAUUGGUGUUUUGCUUUUAAAGACGGCGUAUUUUUGGCAGUUACAAGAACUCGAAAAGAUCGGGUCCUGCAGUCUGAAUUGUUAAAGCUAAAGGGUCGGCUGGCGUUGUUUAUAUGUCAUUAGCGAUCAGAUAUGGUUCGCAUCAUGAAAUAACUUGGGGUGUCUGAAGAGGCAAGGACAUACUGUUAUUGGAUUGCCUCCGGAGCAUAUUGGGAUUGGAGUCUACUUUUAGCCAUUCUUGGUAUUCUUUCUUUUCACCAAUACCCCCGUAUAAGAGGCUGGUAUGGAUGGAGUCGUACUAUCUUUUUACUUCUAUACUGUAUCUAUUCUCCUUCAUUUGGAAGCAGGCCUAUAACAACGCUUUGUUUUUAAACACAGAUUCAUGAUGGAGAUGGUUGAAGCCUGGUCACCAUAGAUAUAUAGGUACAACACGUUAUAUCAAAGCUUUGGAAAACGAA